UGCAGGUCUCUUAAGAGAAUUCAUAAAAGCUUCCUCUUAUUGUUAAUGUACGAUUGUCACUGGUGUGGGUAGCUGGGGUAGCACGUGGGUCCAGGCGGUGACAGCUCUACUGAGGAGAGGCGGUUAUUUCUUGUUUGAAGAAAAAGUGACAUUGGCUCAAAAUGAGUGCAAUAUUGGAAACGCCUGAGCUGCCGGCUGUCUUUGAUGGGGUGAAGCUAGCUGCAGUUGCUGCUGUUCUGUAUGUUAUUGUUCGCUGCUUGAAUUUAAAAAGCCCAACUGCCCCUCCUGAACUCAUUUACCAGGACUCUGCUUUGGCCCGCUUUCUACUCAAAUCCUGCCCACUUUUGACCAAAGAAUACAUUCCACCCCUAAUAUGGGGAAAGAGUGGACAUAUCCAGACUGCCCUUUAUGGAAAAAUGGGAAGAGUGAGGUCGCCACAUCCAUAUGGACUUCGCAAGUACCUCACAAUGCCAGAUGGAGCAACAGCCACCUUUGAUCUCUUUGAGCCGCGGUCUGAACACUGCAUUGGAGAGGAUGUCACAAUGGUAAUCUGCCCUGGGAUUGCUAACCACAGUGAAAAGCAGUAUAUCCGCACUUUUGUUGACUAUGCGCAGAAAAAUGGGUACAGAUGUGCUGUCCUCAAUCACCUGGGGGCCUUGCCAAACAUUGAGCUCACUUCUCCACGAAUGUUCACGUACGGUUGCACCUGGGAGUUUGGUGCCAUGGUUAAUUACAUCAAGAAGACCUACCCCCAGACCCAGUUGGUUGUUGUGGGCUUCAGCCUGGGUGGAAAUAUUGUGUGCAAAUAUGUGGGAGAGAGCCAGGCCAACCAGGAGCGAGUCCUGUGCUGCGUCAGCGUGUGCCAGGGGUACAGUGCACUGAGGGCGCAGGAAACCUUCAUGCAAUGGGAUCAAUGCAGAAGGUUUUAUAACUUCCUCAUGGCAGACAACAUGAAGAAGAUAAUCCUUUCUCACAGGCAUGUUCUUUUUGGAGAUAAUGUGAAGAAGCCACAAAGCCUGUCAGAUGCUGAUCUGAGCAAACUCUAUACAGCAACAUCCCUUAUGCAGAUUGAUGAUAACGUUAUGAGGAAGUUCCACGGCUACAGUUCCCUGAAGGAAUAUUAUGAAGAGGAAAGCUGCCUGCAUUACUUGCAGAAAAUCUAUGUUCCUCUUUUGUUGGUAAAUGCUGCUGAUGACCCACUUGUGCAUGAGAGUCUUCUAUCAAUUCCAAGAUCUCUUUCAGAGAAACGGGAAAAUGUCAUGCAUGUGCUGCCCCUUCAUGGAGGCCACCUGGGAUUUUUUGAGGGGUCUGUACUAUUCCCAGAACCUCUUACCUGGAUGGAUAAGCUUGUGGUACAGUAUGCCAAUGCCAUCUGCCAGUGGGAGAAGACAAAGUCUCAAUGCUCGGACACAGAGCAGGCUGUAUCUGGCCAGGAGUAAUUGACCCAAAGACUCUGGAUCACUUCAGUUUAUCUCCACCUUGGGAACAUUUUGUUCCCUAACCUGCUGCUUCAGGUUUCCAUUCUCCUUGAUAUUCUGUGGCUGGGGUUUGAUCACAAUGUUUUCUUCCAAAGUGGAAUUAAAGCUGAGGUUAAUAUCUGGUCAGAGCAUCUUUGUGUAGUCACUUGGGUUUGUAAUUUACUGCUCUGUUAUAAGAAUUAGGUUGCCGACUGUGACUUGUUACAGGGUUAUUGAGCUCAAGACUGCUUGCUUAAUAUAGCAGAAGCUUCAAAUGUCAAUCUCUUUACCUGCUGGUCAAAAACUCGAUCUGCAGCAUUUGUUUAGGUGCAGAUGACAGGGUAACUAUGACUCUAUUCUCCUCUGUCCCAGUGCUGGGAGUGCCCUGUACCAAGCCACAAUCCAGUGAGUGGUUCAGUCUGUAACCCACUAAAAUGUGGCUUGGAAAAACAUGUUUGACUGCAAGUGGAGUUCCAGCCUUGCACCAUCCCAAGAGAAGCCUUUUAGUUCCUAGGAAUGCACACUUAACACAAGUGAAUGAGUUUAAAAAUAUGUAAAUCUUCCAUGCCUUGGUUAUCUGUGGAUUGGGGCGUCUUUAUACUGAGACUCCAAGUAGAGAAAUGCUGUAGGCUGGUAAUACUGGUUAAUGUUUCUAUGUAAACGUAUUCUCACACCAAGACCAGAUCAGUCACAUUCUUGUCAUUUUUGCCUUUUGAAAAGUAGUGUUCUUUUUAGUACCAGAUUAUUUUGUUUGACUUAGGACUUUUUAAAGCUGGCUCCAGCUUCCAAAUGGAGACCAGUGAUUAAGAAUCUGCAGGAUCUUUCUGUGAGCUCAAUCUGUUUUUAAGAAUAUUUCAUGGAGCAUUGUAUACUCUGUUAGGGUUUAAUUUUUGGGAGGGCAGAAGAGGGUAUCUAUUUAGACUUACUCCUCUUAUGUCAGGAUGAAUCAUACCAGAAUUCUUCCCCUGAGCUUUCAAAGCAUCAAAUGGUUUUCAGACACUUGACUUGCCUUACAGUUGAUGGGGGACUGGAUAUCUCUAGCUCUGUGCAACUACAAUGAUACCUUUGCAUGACUAACUACUUCCAUAUUUAUGUAUACACUUUAGGAUUACUGGCUCCAGUAAGACACUGGGCUCUUCCUCACUUGAAUUCCUUUUCCACACCCAGGCAUCCUCUUCUAAUUACAAUAUGUGACGUGUGAAAGCUCACUGAAGGAAAGACGCCUACUCAUUUGUGGGUUUCCCUCAAGUGACUGUUGUGGUCUCGUGCUGGGGUGGUUAUUAAAGACUCUAAUCUGUCCCCCGGAAGGAAAGUUGUCCUAUGACAAGCUGGAGACUGAAACUUUGUAGUCAAAAUAUUUUAGUUUGUUCUGGCAGUAUUGUCUCAUUAAUCCAUCUUUAGGACUUCUUUAUCACAGUGUCACCUUGUCAAUUAGCACUUUAUUGCUUCAGCAUCGGUCUAUGUUCCAGGCACUUUAGUUUAUCACUUAAGGGCAAAACAAGUGGCAAGAUUUCAGCCUGGCUAUGUAGGGGAAGCCUUCUGGACUACCCUAUCCCUGAACCUUUCAGUAGGCUGGAGAAAUGGGGGUUUGUUUUGGUAAAGCAAUAACUAAAUAUUGUAGCAAAGGUGUGUUAUCAUAUCAGGAAAUUCUUUUCAUUUGCCUUAGGCCAGACACCUUGGUGUGUUACGAUGAACUAUGGCUACCUGCACAUUCUCAUUAUUAGUAAAUCCAGGUUUCCUUUCCGCCCUCCCCC